CUGACCAGAGAGACCCAGGAAAGGGGAGAGCUAGACUAACUAAACAAAUAAACAAAAAGGAUGAAUUCAAAACAAUAAAUAGGAUAUAGCUCAGUAGUAGUAGUAGAAGAAUAAUCCACCCCAGGGUUAGGUGUGUCCCAGCAUAGAGAGAAGAGGAAGAAGGCAGAAGAGAAAGAACUCAGCAAUCCAGAAAACCACCCAGAGAGAGAACUACUUCAGCCGGAAUGUGGCUUCUGGUAGCCAUGUGUCUGACCUGCCUGAUGCUGUGCAGUCAGGGGCAGGAUCGAGCCUCCCUGCAACGCUCCAGCGACAACGACGGCCGCUGCCAGUAUACCUUCACAGUGGACAGUCCAGCAGAGGCCAGCUGCCCCGGGGUUCAUGGGGGCCCAGAGCUGGAGGGCAUCAGGUCCCGCCUCACCCUACUGGAGGCCCUGGUGAGCAGGCUGGUGGGAGGAGAGAGAGCCGAGGCUGAGGGGGGGCUCCAGGAGUCCUGCUCCCCGGGGGAGAAGAACCAGCUCCUGCAGGACAAGGAGCAGCUGGACAGGCAGGUGCAGGAGCUCCAGAGGAGGGUGGACGAGAUGAGCCUGGAGGCUGAGACCCUCAGACAGAGACCCUGCCACCAGCCACAGGCCCCUGGUGGCCCUCUGCAAGAACUCAACCAGAGAACAGACAGUGCCUCCGACAACGGUUCCUAUCAGGAGAUGAAGGCUGAGGUGACCGAGGUCCCAGCAUCCCGUCUGAUUCCAGAAUCAGCUCAGAACUUCACAGGCUGUGGAGAUUUGGUCUCGGUGGGAGAGCCUGUGCUGCACAGAAAGGCUGACGGCAUCACAGGGAAGUACGGGGUGUGGCUGCAAGACCCCGAGGCCCUGGUCCCUCCUUACACUAACAAGACCGUAUGGCGCAUAGAUACCGUAGGCAAGGACGUGCGGCAGCUGUUCGCCUACGAGGACAAGGAACAAUUUGCCCGUGGAUUCCCCAUGAAGGUGCUGGUCCUACCGGAGCCCGUGGAGAGCACAGGGGCCACCCUGUACCGAGGCUCCUUUUACUACCAGCGCCGACGCAGCCGCACACUCCUCCGCUACGACCUGGCCUCCGAGAGCCUGGCGGCCCGCCUGGACCUGCCCCACGCUGGCUUCCAUGGCCAGCACCCCUACUCCUGGGGGGGCUACACCGACAUCGACCUGGCCGUGGACGAGCAGGGCCUGUGGGCCAUCUACAGCACCAGCAAGGCCAAGGGAGCCAUCGUGCUGUCCAGGCUGGACCCCGACAGCCUGGAGGUGAGGAAGACCUGGGAGACCAACAUCCGGAAGAACACGGUGGCCAACGCCUUCAUGGUGUGUGGCCGUCUGUAUACGGUGGCUAGCUACACGGCGCUCAACACCACCAUCAACCACGUCUUCGACACAGCCACUGGGGAAGGUCGAGCCAUCGCCGUGCCCUUCCGGAACCGCUACCGCUACAAUAGCAUGGUGGACUACAACCACGCCCAGAGGAAGCUGUACGCAUGGGACAACUUCCACAUGAUCACCUAUGACGUGAGGCUGGGUAGAGCCAGCAGCACCAGUGCAGUCUAGAGAACAGAGGUGGUACAGCAACAUGUGUGGACUGUAGAAGAUUACAUUUGUAUGUCUGUGAGAGCAUUACACUGAGGCCUGUUUGUUUUUAACUUUCACUAGAAUAUAUUUUUUCUACUUCACUGUAAAUAAGAUGAUGGUAAAGAAUUUCAUCCCUGCCUCAUACAGCAGCUACCCAUGAGGCCGUGCUUGGUUUUAGAAAGAACUCCCCCUGGUUUUACUCUUUAUUUAAAUUUAAGAUUUAUUGUCGAUUUCCACUUUCUUUGUUUAACCAAUUGUCAUCUGUUAUGUUAUUGUUCACAAGUAACCAUUAUAUCAACUGAGCUUUCAAUAAAAGCUAUUAAAGGACAACAAAGUGGCCAUGAUUGUGUGUAUAAUUGAAUGACUUU